AAGAACCCUUGAAAGAUGGGUAGAGUAGAUGAAGCAGCCUUCUCAGCUGCUUUUGGCCCACUGUGUUUCCGGGGAAAUCCCCUGUGGAGUGUGCUGGCGUUUGCUGUGUGGUUUAUACUGAUUGGGAAAGAAGUGCAAUCAAUCGCUCCUCCCCGCACCACAUCUUACUUCACUGGGUGUAGAUCAGGACUUGUGGAAGGUCACAGACACUUGGUCCAUUAUGUGAGAGCUGCUUCUGAACCCUCCCUCUCCAUUCUGAGGCGCUCAGCCUGGAAGGAGUGUGUAGGCAUUCGUUCUCCACAUCUGUCAGAUGCUGUGGGCUGUUUCACCUGUAUUGAACGUGGAGUCAUCACCAGGCAGAUCUCUCUUCUUCCUGGAGAAGCGGCCUUGCAGGCUCUGAAGCGCAAGAAGAGGUAUGAGAAGCAGCUGGCACAGAUUGAUGGCACCCUGUCAACCAUCGAGUUCCAGCGGGAGGCCCUAGAGAAUGCCAACACCAACACGGAGGUGCUCAAGAACAUGGGCUAUGCCGCCAAGGCCAUGAAGGCUGCCCACGACAACAUGGACAUUGAUAAAGUGGAUGAGUUAAUGCAGGACAUUGCUGACCAGCAAGAACUUGCAGAAGAGAUUUCCACAGCUAUCUCCAAACCUGUGGGCUUUGGAGAAGAGUUUGACGAGGAUGAGCUCAUGGCAGAGCUGGAGGAACUCGAACAAGAGGAGCUAGACAAGAAUUUGUUGGAGAUCAGUGGGCCCGAAACAGUCCCUCUACCAAAUGUCCCCUCUGUAGCCCUACCAUCCAAACCCGCCAAGAAGAAGGAGGAGGAAGACGACGACAUGAAGGAGUUGGAGAACUGGGCGGGAUCCAUGUAACUGUCCCAGCAGAGGCUGGGCCCAGACGGACUCUGGUGGCCUGUGCAUCGGGCAGGUGUGUGCGUGCGCAGGGCAGGCAGGACGAGGUGCAGGCUCCUCCAUCGCUCAGCUCUCACCCAAAGCAGUAGGCCGCAUCCCUGCUCACUCUCACAUAGCACGGCCUGUGCCCAGGGGCGGGUGGGGGGAGGGGUGGGCGGGUGGGAGGUGCCUGCUGUUUAUAAUGUUGAAUUUCUGUAAAAUAAACUGUAUUUGCAAAUCCAACACUGAGCUUCUGGACUACGCUAACCCCACUGCUGAGGCCUCUGUGGAGAGGGUCGGCCAUUUGCAGUUGAAACAACCUGGAGAAUAUAGCCCGUGUCCUUUAAAUCAGCUGACUUGUCUCACAUUUCUCUGUAGGACGUGUACGGUACUGGCAGGAGAGUCAUUUUUAAAGCCAUAGAUAGGCUUUUCCUCGUUCUUAGCUGUAAUAACAUACCUGGUUUGAUUCCUCAAGAGCUGUGUUUCUGUCUGUCACCUGUGUACUGGCCCCAUGUGUACCUCCCUGCCCUUGUCACUCCUGCCCCCCAGUCUUUUGGAGUCUGUGACACGGAUCUGAAGUGGAUGUGCUCUCUUGCGAGCAGAUGAGAUUGUUAGAAUUAAGCUCCAGCUAUCCAGUUUUCUAACAUAGCUCUAAGGUCCUCAUUGCUGUUUGUGAUAAUUGGUACAUAACUCAUUGGAAACAUGUGCAUACAUUUAUAUUCAGAUGAAAUUAUGGUUUGCACUGUCUAUUAAAUAUCUUGAUUUAAUUUUCA